AUGACGAAUAUGAGCAAUCUUCCAAGAAAAAUAGCAGAAGAGAUCCUCUCAAGGGUUCCGGUGAAAUGUCUUAGAGCAGUUCGAUUAACUUGUAAAAAAUGGAACACUCUAUCCAAAGAUAUGAGAUUCAUAACGAAGCACGUUGAUCGAGCAAAACAAGAAGCAGCAAAGAAAAAGGAGUUUAUGCUGAUCAUGAUGAUAAAUUUUAGGGUUUAUUUGAUGCACGUCAAUGUCCACAACAACGUUGGACCAUGUAUGAGGUGUGAAGGUAAAUUUACUAGCCUAGAUGAAUUAGUUGAUAUAAAUAGAGUUUUCCUUAGUGAUGGUUUGUUGUUAAGCAUAAGCAAAGACUGCACCAAGCUCAUGGCUUGGAACCCUUAUAGCGGAAAGAGUCGUUGGAUCGAGUUUGAGUCUAGUCCUGACCUAAUGGAGAUAUAUAUGUAUGCUCUCGGAUAUGAGAAGAGCAACGAUUCAUGCAACAGUUACAAAAUCUUGAGGUUUGUUGAGAAUCGCAGUUGCUUCGAGUACAAAAUCUAUGACUUUAACUAUGAUUCUUGGAGGGUUCUUGAUAUCAGUCUAUAUGACAAGAUUUACAAGAUAGCUCAUCAUAAACGUGGCGUCUCUCUCAAGGGAAAUACAUAUUGGUUUGGUAAAUCAAGAUAUGGAUCAGAUGUUUUCCUAGUAUGUUUUGAUUUCACAAGCGAGAGCUUUGGGCCGCCUUUGUCUCUGCCAUUUGAAUAUUCUAGUGCUUCAAGUGUUUUGAGUUUAUCUAGAGUUAGAGAAGAGCAGCUUGCGGUUAUGCUUCUUCGAUUUGGCGAAUUCACGAUGGAUAUAUGGAUUACAACUAGGAUUGAGCCAAGCGCGGUUUCGUGGAACAGUGAAGUCUUCUUAGCAGUGAAUUUGAGACAAGUCCCUUUCAAUGGCAUUCGUUUUGAAGGUGCGAGUUUCUUCAUUGAUGAGGAGGAGAGCUUUGUAGUGGUUUUUGAUAACAACAGCAUAGCUUACAUUGUUGGAGUGGAUGGAACUAUCAAGAAAGAGUAUUUCAAAUUAUCUAAAAGACUUUGUUGUCCAAUUGCGUGCUCUUAUGUUCCAAGUUUAGUGCUUUAAUUAGUUGAUCCAUUUGAUAUUUUGUAAUCUUGGGAUAUGAGGAGUAUGUUAU